AUGCCUGAAUAUAAGGUACAGGUGACAACAGGUUCCAUGCUGACUGCAGGGACAUAUGAUUACAUCUAUGCCACCCUCAUUGGAGCUGAAGGCGACGGUGCCCUAUACAGUGAGAGGACUCUGCUGGACAACUUUGGACCUGACUUCGUUCCUGGGACGACAAGGACCUACACUGUCAAAAGCAAAGAGUCUCUGGGGGAACUUCUGCUUCUCAAACUGGAGAAGGAGCAACGCUUCUACCUGCCAGAGAAAAAGUGGUUUUGCUCUGAAAUCGUGGUGAAGACUCCAGAGGGAGAAGACGCUUUCUUCCCCUGCUACAGAUGGAUUUCCCGCGGAGAACCGGUGGUGCUGAGAGGAGGGAAAGCCAUGAAGGUUACUGAUGACAGGGAGUUUAAGAUCUUGAUGGAGCACCGGAAACAAGAGCUCGAGGCUCGAAAGAAGACAUUCAAAUGGGAGGCUUUGGUGAAAGGACUACCCCACUUGAGUUCGUUUGACAACGAGGACGAGCUCCCAGACGAACUGCGAUUUUCAAAGCUGAGAUUCGCCACUUUGAAAAUAAUACAGACUUUUCUAGAAUUGAGGGAAAAACUGCUGAGCAGGAAAAAAAAAUGGGAAAACUUUCAGGACAUGAAAAACCUUUACAGACCUGUAAAGACCGACAUGUCAGAUUAUGUUGACGGUCAUUGGGAUGAAGACGACUUCUUUGGUUACCAGUUUCUGAAUGGAAUGAAUCCCAAUGUGAUCCAGAAGUGUGAUGAACUUCCCAAAAACUUUCCUGUCAAGGACGACAUGGUGAAAUCUUCUCUGCCAGAGGGAAGCUCUCUUGAGGAACAAAUCAAGGAAGGCAAUAUAUUCCUCUGUGACCAGAAGAUAUUGGAUGGAAUACCUGGAAGAAACUACAGUGGUGAAUGUCUGAAGAUGACUGCUGCUUUGUGCUUGUUCUACAUGAACUCCGAGAAGAAACUGAAGCCAAUUGCAAUACAGUUGUAUCAAGAGGCUUCAGAGGAGAACCCCAUCUUUCUGCCCGGAGACAAGACGGACUGGCAGCUGGCCAAGAUGUUUGUCAAAAAUGGCGACACAAUCCAGCAUGAGGCCAUCUAUCACCUGCUGGGCACUCACUUUCUGGCAGAAUCCUUUGCUGUUGCGACACUCCGCAACUUUCCUGCAAUUCAUCCCCUCUACAAGCUGCUGAUACCACACUUCCGUUUCACUAUGAGCAUAAACACGUUGGCCCGCACUGCACUUUUAGGAAAGGAGGGAGCUUUCAGUAAAAGCACACUUGGAUAUGAGGGGAUGAGAGACUUGAUGGUCAAAGGCUUCAGUGAAAUGACCUACAGGUCCCUCUGUCUGCCAGAAAACAUCAGCGAUCGAAAACUGGAAUCAGUUCCCAACUUUUACUACAGAGACGAUGGACUGAAGCUGUGGGAGAUCAUCAAAAGCUUUGUGAAGGAAGUAGUGGAGCAUUACUAUACCGGACCAAAUGAUGUGAAAGAAGACGAAGAGCUCCAAGAUUGGAUCAAGGAGAUACGCACAAAGACCUUCUUACAACGCAAGGAAAAAUGUCCAUCAAGCUUUGAAAAAGUGGAGGACGUGGUCAAGUUCAUCACCAUGAUCAUCUUCACACUGACAGCUCAACAUGCUGCAGUGAACAAUGGACAGGCUGACUUCAUCCUCUUCGUACCCAAUGCGCCAUUCCUGAUGCGCAAAUCUCCUCCAUCCACCAAGGGGCAGUCAGACAAAAACACAAUCUUUGAAACCCUCCCAACCGUUGGACAGACAGCUGAGUUUGGAUUUCUGGCUGCAGUGCUGUCUCAAAAAUACAGUGAUGCGGUUCUCUUGGGUAAAAACCCUAAAGAGCGGUUCCAGGAGCAGGAGGUGAAGACGAUGAUUGUGAGGUUUCAGAAAGGUCUGUCCAAGCUGAGUUCUGAGAUUGAUGAAAGAAACGCAACGCUGAAACCCCCCUACACAUAUCUGAACCCGUCUCAGAUAGAGAACAGCAUCGCUAUCUAA